AUGAUAGGGCUCAGCUGGAAGCUUGUGAAGUCCUAUCUGCCUCGGGUACGAUUUCUCACAGUGCACUAUGCCUACUUCAUCGGGGUGUCCUUCGUCACCUCCGCCAUCUUCUGGGGUACCUCAACUCCGGCCAACAGCGUACGAUACAUUGACUCAUUGUUUUUGACGAUCAGCGCCAUGACCCUAGCUGGUCUGAACACGGUCAACCUGUCUACACUAAAUACCUUCCAGCAGAUCUUAUUGUUUUUUCUGAUAAUGUUUGGGUCCACGGUAAGAGGUUAUUUCUACAUUUCCAGGUCCCUGAUCUCAAAGUGGCAAUUGACGCCCUCACUUCUGGAUUGGAAGGCUAAUCAAUUAGAUCUGGUAAUCGCAGUCCGCAAAAGAGCGUUUGAGAAAAGAUUUGAGGAGAUUGUGCAAGAAGAACGGCUCCGAAGAAAGACAUCCCUUAGCUUGAAAAGUGUCGGCCGUCAAAUUACCUGGCCACGCCCUCUAUCGCAAAAGCGUACGGUAUCCAUGGAGCCCGAUUCGCAGGCGGAUAGGCGACGUUCUUCCGCCUCAUUUACACUUCCAGCUUCAGAAAAUAUCUCUUUCCGCCCCACGAGGUCACAGACCAAAAACCAGGGGAAAAUUUCAAGAACUAAUUCGGCUCACAGAACACAAUCUGGCCUACAAGUAGAUGAUAAUCACUCCAUGGCCAGAGACGACCCUGAAUUUUCAGCGCGUUGCGAAACAGUACCAGAUGCAGGUUCUUCUGGCGAGCCAAACGACACCGAAGCUACCGACACUCACAUUACAUUCCCUCCUAACCUGCGAAAUGGCCCUGGAGAAACCACCUCAAGCGGAGUACGCCAACGCAUGCGUCGUCCAUACGUGAACGUCCAGAGCAUAGCAGCUACCCAGCACCAAUUAGAGGAAGGCCUAUAUGGUGAGCAUUCUGAUUUGGAUGACACCAGCCAUUUGCACUUUCUACACAAAUUCAGCCGCAAUUCCUCGUUUCAUAAUCUGAGUGAAAGAGAACGCCAAAGGCUCGGCGGUGCAGAGUAUCGAGCCGUGUCCCUGCUGUCCAUUAUCGUGCCAGUCUACUUUCUGCUAUGGCAGUUGCUUGGUGGAAUCGGAGUCGGUGCGUAUAUUUCGAGAAACCACGCUGCACUGGCUAGGUCGAAUGGACUAAAUCCGUGGUGGGUGGGGUUCUUCUUCGCCAUAUCUGCCUUCAACAAUUCUGGAUUGAGUGUGCUUGAUGCCAACAUGAUCGACGUACAUCUUGAUCACCAUGGGUCUUCUCAUCCUAGCUGGCAACACCUGGUAGGCUCCUUCAAUAUCAUUCUGAGACAUUUUAUCUCUGUACUCAUUAUUUUUGUGAAGCUAUCCAAUAUUCUUGCGCUGGAUAUUGUGCGCUAUACGUGUGCUUCUGCCUCGCAGCGAACCUUGACGUUUCUCCUGGAACAUCCACGUCGAUGUUAUACGACUUUAUUUCCUGCCGCACAUACCUGGUGGCUUCUAAUGUCUGUGAUUGUAUUGAAUGGGAUUAGUUGGGUGGCGUACGAGGUCCUCAAUUACGACAAUCCGGCAGUUGAUAUCAUCCCAGUAGCUCCACGUGUGCUGGACGGACUAUUCCAAGCGCUUUGCGUUCGAAGUGGAGGCUUCUAUAUCACCAACAUCGCUGCCCUCGAAAUAGGCAAUCAGGUAAUCUAUGUGAUUAUGAUGUAUAUUUCCGUCUAUCCUUUCGCCAUCACGAUGCGCCACUCAAAUGUCUACGAAGAAAGAAGCCUAGGUAUCUACGCAGACGACCCUUCUUUGGUCGGAGAUAGCGAUACGGAUUCAUCGGCAACUUCAAGCUAUCUAUCGCCCUCACUGGGACGGAUGUAUUUCCUCCGGCACCAACUCCGCUCACUGAUAGCAUAUGACAUAUGGUGGAUCGCCCUAGCCGUCGUAAUCAUCUCUAUUGUGGAAGCCGGCCAAUUCACUCGGGAUCCAUUGACAUACUCUGCUUUCAACAUCAUCUUCGAAACCGUCAGUGCCUACGGCUGCGUUGGAAUCAGUACCGGUCUUCCAAACCAACUCUAUAGCUUCUCUGGGGGCUGGCAUACAUUGAGCAAGCUCGUGCUUUGUGCUGUGAUGAUUCGAGGUCGUCAUCGAGCUUUGCCGGUGGCAAUUGAUAAAGCCAUUAUGCUGCCUAGUGAAAAGCUCGCCAAAGCAGAAGAAGAAGAUGCUUUGAUAAGAAUUGAGCGAACAAUGAGCCGGACGACUCGAUAA